AUGCCCAUCAGCAUACCCAGUAAAGAGGAGCUGUUAAACAAAAGUGGUGGUAUAAUACACUCCACACAGCAGCAAACCAACAAAGUCAUCACCAGCACAAGCCAACUCAUCAAACAGCUCUCUGAUAUUAUCAGUGGCUCUUCCCGGCAAGACCGGCUGCGCCUGACCAGGUUAAAGACGGAAUUCUCAGACUCUGUGCAGCACUAUGGGAAUCUGCAGAAGAAAAUUGCAGACCGCUCAAAAGCCUUGCUCCCUACAGCACAGAAAGACAGGAAGAAGAGCCCUCUGACCCCGUCCAGAGAGCAGCUGGAGGAUGGCUCACUGUUUGGAGAAGCAGCAGACUCAGAGGGAGGAGUUCAGGCUCUCUUGGCUGAGAUCAGUGAGGAGGACGUGGAGGUGCUUCACCACAGAGAGGAGGCUCUGCUGCAGAUUGAAAGAGACAUGCUGGAUGUCAAUCAAAUCAUGAAGGAUCUGGCCCAUAUGGUCCAUGAACAAGGAGUCACCAUUGACAGCAUUGAAGAUUACAUCCAGACCGGAUCAUCCAAUGUGGAAUCAGCCAAUCAGGAGCUUGCAAAGGCCAACCAAUACCAGAGACAGCUGAGGAAGAGGAAGUGCUACCUCCUGAUGGUUGGAGCCAUCGUCCUCCUCAUCCUCAUCAUCAUCAUUGCUAUUUCAGCAAGAAAAUGAGUCUGGCCACUGUGGUAGCUGCUGUUGUUACAGUGUCACUGCACUGCUCUGGCCUUGUUUGAUCCCUAACCUAAGCAGCUGGUUUCCAGUAGGAGGGAGCUGCCCUGCAACAACAUCUCUUCUCCAUCAUCUCUGGCUCUGUUUACAUGUGCUUCAGUCUGGCAAUGGAGGCCUUGCUCAGCAUAUCAAUUUGUCAUGCUUUAGCCCCAGUCUGAGUCUCAUGCGAUCAUCAUUGUGUAUUGUUUUCUUUAUUAUGCUGUGACUGUUUCCUGUAAUUGGAAUGAUACCGUAACUUCUGAAGACAUAAAUGUUACUUUAGUGAUUACAUCAAAAGCGCAAGCUGGGGUGUUUCCUGCACUGGAUGUGGCAGGUUAACGUUGUAUUAUCACACUCCUUAUGCAGUGGUAUUUUACCAGAAAACAAGAAAAAGAUGGAGCGGAAUCUUUAGACUUACAGUAGAUGUGACAGGCAGCUCAAGCUUCACUGUCUUCACUUCUGUAUUGUAUUCUCUAUUUUGAUGUAUUUUUACUGAAACGACCUUCAUAUUUAUCAGCUUGUGGUGUAAUUUCAACAGUAUUAUAGAGUUUGUUGCUGUUGGUAUAUAUCAGCAAAUAUAUCUUCCAAAAUAAAAGUCUAGGUUC